AAUCCACUUGCCCUCUAUACCUCGGUUUAGACAUUAGAUUGUGCCGAGAGGGGCGGCUAGGGCCCAUAUAAAAGCACUAGGGCCAGAUAAAGAACUUAGUCAGUCAGAAACCCCCGAUAGACACCACUUGUAAACAUGAAGGCUAUUCUGUGUGUACUUCUUUUGGCCGCUGCAGCAGUCUACGGCGCAGAAGAGAAAAAGAAUGAGAAACGUGGCCUCCUAGGACUUGGAUAUGGUCUGGGCCAAGGCGGUCUGUACGGAGGCCACGGAUUAGGCCUUUAUAGUGGCCACGGACUGGGCCUGUACGGAGGCCACGGACUGGGUCUGUACGGAGGCCACGGCCUCAGCCUGGCGGCCGCUCCAAUCGUGAGCCACAGCGUUGCCAUUCCUGCCCCGGUCAUCAGCCAUAGCGUCGCAGCUCCCAUCCUAGACCACGGUCUCAUCGAUGGCCACGGUCUGUACGGUCAUGGGCUCGGAGCACCUCUGCUCGGCCUCGGCCAUGGUUGGCAUUGAAGCACUACACAUCACUAACAAUCAUAAUAUUUUAUUUUUGUUGAUAACACUUUUGUAAGUUUGUAAAUGAGCCCGUUCACGACGCGUGGCUCUCUCUGUGCCAAAUUAGUGCCUUCUGGUUUAUCUGUACUAUUAAGUUCAAUAAAUUCUCAAAACUUUA